CAGAAACUAGAAAACGUUUUCUUUUGCCAUGAGAUAAAAAAAAGUUUCAAUACAUCACUAUCGUUAUUUAACAAUCUUCGAAAUAAUUGCCAGAAUCCCUCAAACAUGUCAUGCUAUUUGGGAUCGAUGUCCAGCUUAACGGUCUAAUAACAACAAACACAUAGAGUCCGGUGGCACCCUGUGCUUGUCGAGUAUGUGACGGUCGGACAAGCAAUUCAUUCAAUUAUAGUUCAUUCAGGGAAACAGCGGAAAGAAGGGGAGAGUUUUAAAUGAGAGAGUACUGCAUCACCAUGCUGACCAUCUUCACGCUUGCUGUGCUGAUACACCAUUUGCCCCAACAUGCCUGGGCCGUAAAUCACCCUUAUUAUGAGUUAGCGAGUUAUCUGAAUGACGAAGUCUACGGUGACGGCGACACUUCAUGGAUGAAAGUGGGGGACUGCGGCCAGGGUCUGACAUGCGGCCCAGACUGCCAGCUCCUCUGCCUGAAAAUGCACAACUACUACCGCGCUUUGCAUAAAGUCCCUCCCGUUAAGUGCGACAACACGAUUGCCAAGUCCGCACAGGAGUGGACGGAUGAGCAAGCAAGGCAGGGGAACAGUAAACAUUUGGAGCCAGAAGAACUUGACAAAAAAAAGGUUACAGAAAGUAUCUCAUGGAAGGGCUGGGGAUGGGAAGGGAUGGAGACCAUGGAGGGAGCAAUCCCUGGUGCCGUACGAGGAUGGUAUUCCGAGAUCAAGAAUGACUAUAAUUACCAGACUGGCAAGGGUAACGGCAAGGCAGUUGGUCAUUUCCAGGCAGUGGUAUGGAAAUCAAUUGAAAAGAUCGGUUGUGGGUUGAAUAUUAAGAAAGAUGAUGGCACGUACGUAACCACGCAUUACCAGCCAUCUCCUCACCAAAGCUUUGAGCUUGAAAAGAUUACUCCGGCAAAUGUGCUUCCAAGGAAGGACCCAGAGCCAGCAUGUGACUUACGCUCGACCGAAAGAGAGCUCUGUAACAAUGAUCUAAAGGCACCUUUUGUCACUCCCGAGGAAUGUGUCAAGGCGAGUUGUUGCUAUGACGAUAUGUUUAUGAGUGAGAAAAGUCUCAAAUUCUAUGACGCUGAGGGAAGAAAGUGGUGCUUCGCACGUAAAGGAGGGUCCCCGGCACCCACAUCAGCACCUGGAGCAAAUAAGACAACAGCAGCCGGAGGGACCACGGCAGCACCAGGAGGGACCACGGUGGCACCGGGAGGGACCACGGCGGCACCAGGAGGGACCACGGCGGCACAAGGAGGGACCACGGUGGCACCGGGAGGGACCACGGCGGCACCGGGAGGGACCACGGCGGCACCGGGAGGGACCACGGCGGCACCGGGAGGGACCACGGCGGCACCAGGAGGGACCACGACGGCACCAGGAGGGACCACGGCGGCACCAGGAGGGACCACGGCGGCACCAGGAGGGACCACGGCGGCACCAGGAGGGACCACGGCGGCACCAGGAGGGACCACGGCGGCACCAGGAGGGACCACGACGGCACCGGAAGGGACCACGGCGGCACCGGCGGCAACUACUGAAUCACCGACAGCCUCACCUUCAGGAAAUGGUACUAGUUCCAGUGGUGGUUUCACGGGUGAUUCAUGUUACUCUCUCGUAACCAAGGGAGAGUCCUGGGCCGAGGGCCGAAAAACCUGUCAGUCCAAGGGUGGGGACCUUGUUUCCAUAGAAACAGACGGAGAGUGGUCAUACGUCAAGAGUCUUGUGGAGUUGGCGGCUAAUGGCUAUGGUAACGAGUGGCAUGUCGGGUUAGAGAAAGCGAGUAGCGUGUGGAAGUGGACGAGUGGCGCUAACCUGGGCAAUGCUCAGUGGGCGUCCUCCUCUGGGGGCUCGGGGACGCACGGAUCCAUCAGUCAGAGGGCGGGGCUACAGAUGAAAGGUGACGGGACAACAAAGAUGGGCGUGGUCUGUGAAAAAAAGCAAGAUGGCAAAUGCACUCCUGCCUCCUCAGCGUGAGCGCACCACAGGCUGUUUAAGCGAUCAAGUCCCCAAGUCCCAUAAGGCGCCGACAACAGGAGUUGUUGAUUGGAAUAUUUCAAUCUUGUCUUACCAUCAACAGCGAAAUGAUUCUGCUAAAACACAGAUUAGGUAUUUUGUCAUUUCUGAAGAUAACAUAUCAACUUAACUCGAGUAUCGACUAGUUUUUUUCUAAUGCGUGCUUCUGUGUUUAGUCUCGCUUUGUAGCCAAAAAUAAUUAAUUAAUAUGGACAAUUACAUCACAAAAGGGGAAGCUGAAAUAUAUGAUAAGGGAAACAAAUAAAUGAUCUUGGCUUUUUAGAAUUUUUAGCGUUGUUCUUGUAGAGAAAAGAUUGGCAAAGAAAAGGUACAAUUCAUUAUGUCAAUUUUGUGCGCGAGCAAUAAACAAAGUCUAAAAACAUGA